UGCCUUAGUAAUGUAUGUGUGUGGAGGCUUGUUAUAAUGUCUAUACAGGCCUGUCCGAGUACAACUGUUCGGCGCUUAGUAUUAUUGCGUAUAGUACAGCCAAUGUAUUUCCAGUGCAGAAAAUGUGUCUCGGGAGGCGAGGAGAACCAGACCAUCUUUAAUGUGUGUGUAACUGUCUACUCCCUCUCUCUUUGUCCCUCCUCCAGAGUGAGGCUCGCUCCGGAGCUCUAUCUAUCUGCAUGCAGCCCGCCGCAGCCAGGAUGAAGCGCAACAACCUUCACUUCACUUUCAUAUGCAUUUAACCCCCCAUCUCUGCUCUGCACGGCCGAGUCCUCAUGCUACCCCGACCCCAAGAUACAGCACCCGCUCCCCAUCAGCACACCAUGCCCGAGACGGGAGCGGCAGCUGCCCCUGCAGCCGCAGGCAGCAACGCGGACGCCGAGACCCGACACAGGCAUCGCUCGCAAGCGGAGGGAGAGAGAGCAGAACCGGCUACCCAGACAGCCUCCACCGGAGUCCUGGAUAAGCUCUUUGGAAAGAGGUUGCUGCAGGCUGGACGCUACAUGAUGUCCCACAAAUCCUGGAUGAAGACCGUGCCUACGGAGAACUGUGACGUACUGAUGACAUUUGCAGAAUCCACAGACGACCACACGUUGCUAUGGUUACUGAACCACAUUCGGCUGGGCAUCCCGGAGCUUAUCAUCCAGAUCCGGCACCACAAACACACCCGAGUCCACGCCUUCUUCGUCACGGCGACCUACGAGAACCUGCUGCGGGGGGCGGAGGAGGUGGGGCUGCGCAAACCUGUCAAACCCGAGUUCGGGGGCGGGACUCGCAACUUCUCCUGUGAGGAGGACUACAUCUACGAGAACAUCGAGAACGAGAUCUGCUUCUUCAGCUCGCAGGAGAGACAGAGCAUCAUCCGCUACUGGCUGGAGAACCUGCGGGCGAAACAGGGCGAGUCGCUGCACAACCUCCACUUCCUGGAAGGGCAGCCAAUCCUACCGGAGCUGGCCGCUAGGGGCGUCAUCCAGCAGCUCUUCCCGCUCCACGAACAGAGGAUUCUAAGCCAGCUCAUGAAGUCCUGGGUGCAAGCUGUGUGUGAGAAACAGCCGCUAGAUGAUAUCUGUGAUUAUUUCGGUGUGAAGAUCGCCAUGUACUUUGCCUGGCUGGGCUUCUACACCACCUCCAUGCUCUACCCGGCCAUCAUCGGCUUCGUUCUGUGGAUGCUGACCGAGUCUGACCAGACGAGCAGGGAUAUCUGCUGCGUGGUCUUCGCUCUCUUCAACGUGGUCUGGGCCACUCUCUUCCUGGAGCGGUGGAAGCGCCGGGGGGCGGAGCUUGCCUACAAGUGGGGGACGCUGGACACGCCCGCUGAGAGCCUGGAAGAGCCACGCCCACAGUUCCGGGGAGUGAAGCGGCUGAGCCCGAUCACUGGCUGUGAGGAGUUCUACUACCCCCCCUGGAAGAGAAUGCUGUUCCAGUACCUGGUCAGCCUCCCCGUGUGCCUCUUCUGUCUGUGCUUUGUCUUCCUGGCCAUGCUCAUCUGCUUCGAGCUGCAGGAGUUUGUGAUGGGGAUCAAGGAGCUUCCUCAAGUGACCAGGUUCAUCCCCAAAAUCAUACUGGCCAUCACUGUGACAGCCUGCGACGAUGUCUACAGGAAGAUUGCCUGCUGGCUCAAUGAUAGGGAAAACUACAGACUCCAGAGUACCUUUGAGAAAAACCUCAUUAUCAAAAUCGUUCUAUUUCAGUUUGUCAAUUCUUAUCUCAGCCUUUUCUACAUCGGGUUCUAUCUCAAAGACAUGGAGCGUCUGAAAGAGAUGCUGGCCACCCUGCUGAUAAUCCGUCAGUUCCUUCAGAACGUCAAGGAGGUGCUGCAGCCCUACCUGUAUGAGAGGCACAAGCUGGGGGAGCUGACCCCGAAGGUGCUGUGGGAUCUCCUCCUCUCCUCGGUGCUUAAAUACGGGCGCAUGGCCGCGGGAAAGGCCCAGGCUUCGCCCUCGGAAGAGGCCUCUCCGGGUCCAGGGAGCGGGGAGAAGAAGUGUCUGAACGGGGGGUGCGGGGUCCCAGACGAGGAAGAGGAGGAGGAGGAGGGGGUGGAGCAGGAGAGGCAGAGCGAGGAUGAGGUGGAGAGCCUCAUGGACUGCGGCCUCAAGCUGAGGAAGGUGAGCUUCAUCGAGAAGGCGGAGCGGAAGGGGGUCGCCAUGGCGAUGCAGCUGGAGGACAGCUUCCUGGAGGAGGGCAGCCCCACCAUGGUGGAGAAGGGCAUGGACCCAGCCUCGGUGUUCGAGCUUUGCGAUGACAUCGACAACGGCUACCUCGAAACCAAGGAGGCCCCCGGAGAGAUCCUGGUGGCCCCGCUGGCCCCCGGCGGGGAUGCGCCCGUCUCGCUGCGGCAAAGGAAGAGGGGCCACUCUGCGGAGAGGGAGGAGUCCAAAACCAAGAGAGAGUCCUGGAUCGACCCCCCCAAAGAGACCUUCUCCUCCCGGCUCACCCAGGCGGAGGUAGAGAGCUGUAUGAAGAAGUACGAGGACACCUUCCAGGAUUACCAGGAGAUGUUCAUUCAGUUUGGAUACGUGGUGCUCUUCUCGUCAGCGUUCCCCCUGGCCGCCAUGUGCGCGCUCAUCAACAACAUCAUCGAGAUCCGCAGCGAUGCCUUCAAGCUGUGCACCGGGCUGCAGAGGCCCUUCGGACAGCGAGUCGAGAGCAUCGGGCAGUGGCAGAACGUGAUGGAGGCCAUGGGCUUUGUUGCCAUUGUUGUAAACUGUUACCUGAUUAGUCAGUGUGGGCAGCUACAGCGCCUGUUCCCCUGGCUCAGCCCAGAGAUGGCCAUCAUCUCCAUUGUCAUCCUGGAGCACUUUGCUGUCCUGCUGAAGUACAUCAUUCACGUUGCAAUCCCAGACAUCCCUUCCUGGGUGGCUGAUGAAAUGGCAAAGCUGGAGUAUCAACGCAGGGAAGCCUUCAAGAAGCACGAGCGGCAGGCUCAGCAGCACUUCCAGCAACAGCAGCGCAGGAAGAGGGAGGAGGAGGAGAGGCAGAGGCAGGCGGAGCACCACGCCAGGCGGGAGAGGGACAAGGACGAGGGCCGUGGGACGGACUCCUCGGUGGGGGAGCACCAUCACGACAAGGGCCACAAGCCCCGCUCCGGAGGGGGCUCCGACAAGCCCAAGAGGCCCAGCUCCCUGCUGGCCACCAACAACGUGAUGAAGCUGAAGCAGAUCAUCCCCCUGCAGAGCAAGUUCAACUCGGGCACGGCCCGGUCGCCACAGUCCCCCACGGGCGGCAGCGAGCCCAAACUCCCCGGCUUCCUCAGCUUCAAGUUCCUGAAGUCUCCCGAGAACAAGAAGGAGGCAGCAGCAGCAGCAGCCACUGUCAACGAGAAGAGCCAUUCCCCCACCAAGUCCUUCAAUCCAGGGAAACUCUUCAACUUCGGGAAAUCUGAAGGGGGCCCCUGUGCCAACGGGGCCCAGGCCAGACCCGGGGGGGACGGCCCGCCGGACAAACUGCCCACCAAGUCGGACCUGAAUGGGGCGCCGGAGGAAAUGCCUUCGACGGACUCCGAACCCGCCCACGGCGCUGAGCCCGAGCUGCCAGGCUCCAAAAACUAAACGCAAAAAGAACGCCGUUUUAACUUUAAAAAAAAAAAAAAAUCUAAAGGGAAGAAAUCCGAGUUGAUCACGCUGCUGCCGCGCCUCCUUUUCUGUGCCAGUUCUGUUCGGGAGAGUUGAUUGGGACCGUCGUUGGGGGUCAGUCUGGGUUGAGGCUAGAGGAGAGCCGUGUGACCGGUCAGCCUGCGUGGACACAGAUGGAUGUGAGGAAAUGGAGAGAUGAUGAUGAACCCCACCUCCUCUCCCCCCCCCUCUCCCCUCCUUCAUCGCAAUACCUGUGGGACUGCAUAAGCUGUGAUUCUCAGAUGGUUUUCAAACCUUUUCUGAAGCGCGUUGUUUUUUUUCUUUAAUUCUUAUUAUUCCGCAGGGUGCAAAGGUGCUACGGAUUGAUCCGGUUUGAAAAUGUUGACGUCGAACCAAAGACUCAGAGUGUCUCCGUUAGGUCGCUCGUUACAAGAAAAUGAUGUGUUUUAUAAAUUUCCCAUUUCCGAUUUUAUUAAACACAGCCCAUUCUUACAGGUGUUCAAACUAAAGAAAGCAAACAGUUUUUAUCCAGUUUCAAAUUGCUGUUCAAAUCUCCAAAGAUGGUCUGUUCAAGGUGUUUGAAAUGUGCUUGACAAAAAAACAAAAACAUUGUUUCAAAUAGGGCAAGUGCCUAAAUAAAUACAAGCCACUGCCAGCACAGUGCUCGUCAGAGAAGUGCUGAUAAGAAGCUCAUACCUGUACAUUUAAGAGCCUUGAAAUACAACAGGUCUUUGUUUCCAGGUGAUGACUAAUAAAUAUAUAUAUAUAU